AUGCCACAGGGGAAAUCAUAUUUUAUAUCUAAUACAAGUAUAAAAAAAUAUGUAAGCUUUAUAUUUAUUUGGCCAAUAAGCACCAGCAAAAGCAAGCUAACUGAUGAAAAGAAACUAAAUAGAAUCCCAUCAAUUUUUGAAUCGGCGGACCAUUUAUUUGAAACAGGACGAUAUGAGGAAUGCUAUAAUCUAUUAGUUAACUAUGAGGAUCAAGACGAUAUAGAAUUAAAAUGGCGUAUUUGUCGGGUUUUGUACAAUAUGGCCAAAGAUCAAAGAUAUGAUGCUACAUAUAGAAAGGCAUUAAUUUUGCAAGCUUUCAAAAUUAUAAAUGAAGAACUAGAUAAACAUUGGGAUAAUUUUGCGGUUCAAAAAUGGUAUGCGUUAGUACUAGAUGCUAAAAGUUCAAAUGAAGGUACCAAAGAGAAAAUAGAGCAAUUAGUAAAUGUAAAGAUACACAUGGAUUUAGCCAUUUCCCUAAACCCAAAUGAUGCUAGUUUGUUACAUGUAUUAGGGGAAUGGUGUUACCAAAUAAGAGAACUACCGUGGCAUCAACGUAAAACAGCUGAGGCUGUUUAUGCAACUCUACCACAUUCUACUUAUGAAGAAGCCCUUGAAUAUUUUUUAAGAGCAGAGUCUGUGCAGCCUAGGUUUUACAGUAUAAAUCUUCUUCGGAUUGGUUGUUGUUAUUUAAAGCUCAAUAAACAGGACCAAGCUAAAUAUUAUCUCAAACUCGCUGCCAGUUAUCCAGCAAAGUGUGAUGAUGAUCAUCGUGCAAAUAAGGAGGCUACUGAAUUACUGAAAAAAAUAAAA